AUGUUUCGCUGGCGUCACUGGGAGGAGUUGUGGCAGAACAAUCUUUUCGAUCUCAAGGCUACCAAGGAGAUUGCUGGGACAACGGCUUUUGUGGCUAUGGACACCGAACCAUGGUCAGAUCAAGUCGGACACAACCCUGAUGCAAGAGAGGCCUGCGAGAUUGGCAUAGCUUUACUACUUCCCUUGGCAUGUCACUCAAAGCCGACGUCUGAGCCGCCUCGGACACUCGAGGAAAUCCACCAACGAUUCAACAUCUCUUCACAUUGCAUACGUAUCCGCGGCCGAGAGCACGCAGACCGAGGGGAGCGAUUCUGGGGGGGUGGUAACGAAAGAGUUACGUACGCCGAACACGAUGGUGUAGAAGACGCUCUCAUCAACAUUCUACAUACCGGCCAACAGCAUUAUUACUCCUCUGACAGCACACCCCUAACGCUCACUCUUGUCGGGUUUGAUCUUUGCGCAGAAUUUCGUAUUCUGUCUCACCAAUAUCCGCGGUUUCUCAAGCGCUUUACUUCGUGGGUCGACAUUCAAGAGCUUGUCAAAGAACUCACGCCACUGAAUACUCAGGCACCGAGCCUACGAAAUACUCUGAUUGGGGUUGGAUACGAGCCCAAGUUCCCUACCAAGCCAUCACGCAGUGGUGGUCACAGUGCCGGGAAUGAUGCUGCGCGCUCCAUCGCGGUUCUUGUCACACUCCUGUUCUUUUUUCCCCGAGGCGAAGACAUAACUCAGGCGUGCCUGGAUUACCAUGCGAAUCGCACCAAGCAACGAGCAAACAGGCAACGCGAAAAUGUCAACAUGAAUAAACGCGACUUGUUUUCCAAGCACUAUCCGAAGCCACGAGAGAGAUACCCGUUCCAGGCUAAAGUCGACUUACCGGGAGCCUGCAUCACCAAGUGGCAAGACCCAGCUGAAUUGUGCCAAUACUUUCUCGAAUACAAACCUGUGGCGGCAGGUACCAACAGCACGCAGGUAUUUGGGGGAUGGAUCUGUUGGCCCAGUCUAAAGGAGCUCGAGCUUUUUUUGAAAGUGGUGGACGGGCUUGAGGAUGCAGAAGGGAGGGGAACUUGGGUCGCAAAAUCAAGGUAUGAUCCGAAGGUAGUCUCUGCUUUCACGAAAACCGAGUUGGAUGAAUAUCUGCGGCUAAAGUCGGCCUCUGAGAUUGCCGCAAAGAAAAAGACCCCUGCAGAAGCGUAG